GGACGUCUGUGUAAGUGUGAGAGCAUCAUGGUGGCAUUUAAAGGAGUCUGGACUCAGCCCUUCUGGAAAGCUGUUUCGGCAGAAUUUCUGGCCAUGCUCAUUUUUGUCCUCCUCAGCCUCGGCUCCACGAUCAACUGGGGUGGGGCAGAGAAGCCCCUGCCUGUAGACAUGGUCCUUAUCUCCCUCUGCUUUGGACUCAGCAUUGCAACCAUGGUGCAGUGCUUUGGACACAUCAGUGGAGGCCACAUUAACCCUGCUGUGACUGUGGCAAUGGUCUGCACAAGGAAGAUCAGCCUCGCCAAGUCCGUCUUCUACAUCCUUGCCCAGUGCCUGGGAGCCAUCGUGGGCGCAGGCAUCCUUUACCUCGUCACACCGCCAAGCGUGGUAGGAGGCCUGGGAGUCACUGCGGUACAUGGGGAUCUUUCCGCCGGCCAUGGACUCCUGGUGGAGUUGAUAAUUACAUUCCAGCUGGUUUUUACUAUUUUUGCCAGCUGUGAUUCAAAACGAAGUGAUGUCACCGGUUCAGUAGCUUUAGCAAUUGGAUUUUCUGUUGCAAUUGGACAUUUAUUUGCUAUCAAUUACACCGGUGCCAGUAUGAACCCUGCUCGAUCAUUUGGACCUGCUGUCAUUAUGGGGAGAUGGGAAAACCAAUGGGUAUAUUGGGUGGGACCAAUAAUAGGAGCAGUCCUUGCUGGUGCUCUUUAUGAGUAUGUCUAUUGCCCAGAUGUUGAACUCAAGCGCCGUUUUAAAGAUGUCUUCAGUAAGGCUACCCAGCCGUCCAAAGGGAAGUACAUUGAGGUGGACGAUAACAGGAGCCAUGUAGAGACGGAUGACCUGAUCCUAAAGCCUGGCAUAGUUCAUGUGAUUGAUAUCGACAGGGGUGAGGACAAGAAGGGAAAAGAUCCAUCCAGCGAGGUGUUGUCUUCUGUAUGA